AUGGCUUCCACCGAUGAGGAAAAGGCCCGGAAAGUCAAAGCCAUCAUAGACUGUGUCCAACAAUCAGAGAAUGGCAUCCCAGAGCGGGAUCUCAUUGGGCAAGAUUUAGCAUUCGACAUCUUCCUGAAGAAAUUGAACAAGAAAAGGAAGACCAACGCCGAUGGUGUUCCGGCUCCGCGAGAGAGCACCAAAAACAAGGAACCUGGCUUCUCUCCACCGCAAACGUCUGCUAAGGAGUCGGAUAGAGACGAACUCGUCCCAGUGUUUAAACUCCAUGGCGAGGCCCGGAGCGGCCAGCCGUCGUCGAAUGACCCCCUGGAAAACCUGCCGGAUGAUUCGACGACUUCUUCGGAGGUUGACGAGGCGAUGGAUGUAAGCUUAGCGGAAGAGCCCUCGAGCAUUGUGCAGAAACGUCAAGUCUCUCCCGCAGCCACCAAAGGUGAUGAUUCGUCUGCCAAAGACCGUAACAGCUUCGCCAAGUACGGCGCUUCUUCUUCUUAUUCGACCAAGAACCACGAACCUGGCCACCGCCGCACCUUGAACAAGAAGGACUUUUAUUCAAAAAUGACCACUAGCAUUCGCGAGACCGGGUUUCCUACCCCGAAGCAAUCUACACGCUGCACUUGCCAGGCUGAACUCCAAGGACUUCAAAAAGCAGUUCAAAAGAUGAACGAUAGUCUUGGAAGGCUAACCCAAACGCUUGAGGAAGUCGUUAAGAAGAUUGAUACUACAGCCCAAGACGCCAGGAUCCAUCGAAAGGGCACCCAGCGCCUGAUCGCGGCCGCAAAUGGUGGGAAGACGCCUACGGAUUCGGAGGACGACGCCAGCGACGUUUCGGCUGAUGAGGGAGUUAAAUUAUGGUAG